UUGGAUCACCACUGUGCUCGCUUAGGGUCAACAGCGUUUUACGCUUUCUGCCAUCACCGCUGCAUUCUUCCUUCCUCCAGACGUUACGCCCCGGCUUUCCAGCUUCCAGGUGCUGCAUUUCUCGCCCUUUAUUUCCCUCAUCCGGGCCCACGAGGAAAUCCAAUCCAAAUGAGACUCCACUGACUCCGUCACGCAGCGAACGCCUUGCCCUCGGAAUUCAGUUCACCAGGCUAGUACUCGGUCCAGCAGGUAGAGCCAACAGCCAUGAUCAUGUGCCCUCGGAGCUCCUCAUUCGACGGGGCCGUCUCCGUCGCUCGCUGUCCAUCCGUCCCGCGCGCGCCCAUUUCGCCGUCGGGAAUCGAGUCGCCGUCGCGGAUGGUUCAGAGCCGGUUGGACGACGUGGGGGUUCGUGCGCUGGAGAGCAAGCUGCAGCUGCUGCACGCGCAGCGCGAGCUCAGCGCCCUCCGCUGCCAGGCCUUCAUCGACCACCUCGAGUCCGCCUUCCCCGCCCCGCCCCCCGCCCACGACGACCGCCUCGGCCGCCGCCCUCCCUCCUUGCGGGCGCGCCGCGCGUCGUUCGAUCUGUCGGGGGCGGAGGGGGCGCAGUUGGCGCAGGAGCUGCGCUUCUACGAGGAGCCCGCGAGGGUCGCUCGCUCGCACUCGCACAGCGCCACUGCCAGCCCAGCCGCCCCGGCAUCCCGUCCGCGAUUCCCGCGCUCCAAGUCGCAUCGCGGGCCCAGCGGCUCCUCCCCCAGCUCCGGCGCUUUUCCCCGCCACCACUCCAGCCCCGCUGGCGGCGGCCGUUCCCCCGUGUCGCCCUUCCCACCGUCCAGGGCAAAUCCUUCUCACCGGGACGGUCUGAGCUGCAGCAUCGGCGGGCGGGCGAGCAACGCAGGCGCGCGCGAGUCGUUCAUGGCGUCGCGGCGGAGCCUCAAGGACCGCCCGUCCAGCCUCGGCCACGGCAGUGACGCGAGCGAGGCGGAGGGGGCGGCGCAAGGGGCGACGAGAUGAGAGUCGCUAGUGCCGUACCGCACACAUGCACGCCAUGGGAAGAGACGGCCGUGGAGUGAUUGAGCAGGAAGCAGCCUACCAUGUGCCAAACGAAAUGUUUCCCAUGUGACGUGGCCGCACGCCCGUAGGGUUCGGGAGCAGAGCGGCUGGGAGGUGAUGUUUGGGGCCGCGGGAGCCGCCGUUGCGCCACCUCGCUGGGUCCAGUAGCCGCAUGCUGCUGCGGCGCGUGCUUGGUGACGAUGAACGGGAAAAGUGGGCUCCCGUGAGCAUCCACAUCCAGGAAUUUGGCCUAAAUAACGCCCUUUGCCAUGGCCCAGGAUGGCGAGUGCCAUGACAUGAGAGAAUCAGCCUCCGCUGCAUAUGGAAGGGCCUCCUACUGCCAAUUGUUGAGAAGCCGCCAAGACCCACGCCAGGAAGUACGUGGCUAGGACACGAAGCCACAUAUUGUGAACACCCACCAUUGAGGCAGGCCACACUGAAUCUGCUACGAUGUAUAGAGGAGCUACGCAUUUUUCUGUACCAUAGCAAUCAAAAGAAGUGAUCCAUCACUCGUGAUGCGCUUGUGGCAAUUCCAUCAACGAUGCUUUGGGUGAA